UAUUCCUUGUACCGGAAGUGAGUUUAAAGAAAUACGGGUAGGGAAAAAAAAACAUCGCACUAGUAGAUGCAAAGAAAAAAACUACCCAGAAUGCUUUAGGUCUCGGCGGCAGCCAUUGCUUGAGGACGGAAGCUAGUUGCAAGAGACAGCAUGGCACUCCAUCAGCUCUUUCAGCUCUCCUCGCUCUUCCGCUCAGCCGUUAGCGUGACCCUGCGCAGGAACCUCGGCAUCUCUGCUGUCCUUUUUAACAAGACUAAAGAGCUGGACCCUGUACAGAAACUCUUUGUGGACAAAAUCCGCGAGUACAACGUCAAGAGCAAGAGCUCAGGUGGCGUGGUCGAUGCUGGCCCCAGCUACCAGAAGAACAUGACAGAAGAGGUAAACAAACUGCAAAGGUUAUAUGGAGGAGGUGACAUGAAUAAAUUUCCCGACUUCAAAUUCCCAGAACCCAAGCUAGAGGAGGUGGCCAAGUGAACAGCCCUCUGCCUAAACCUGCGUGUAUCUGUCAUUCAGAGUGAUGAGAAAAAUUAUUUAAUAAAUAACUUGAAAUGUG